AUGGAAAACAAAAAUGAAAAGACGUCAACCAACAAGGUUUUGAAGAAAGGCUCUGAUCCUUUGGAUAAGGAGUUUAAAGCAUUAUAUAGUAACUUACUUCAGACAGUUGGGAAAGACUCCAAAAAAUCUGUCAAAGAGAAAGAAACUGAAGAGGUUAUUGAGAAGUUAUGGAACUUGAUCAAGGCUAAAUUUUUGCAAAUUUGUCGUAAGCCUGUGUAUUCUAGAGGAAUUCAAUCUAUCCUUAAAUGGGGCUCAAACAUAUAUAGAAAGGCAAUCUUUGAGAAGAUGAAAAACUACCUAGUGGAACUUUCAAUUGAUAGUCAUUCCAGUAGAAUGGUUGAAAAGAUGUAUAACUAUGGACCCCCAGAAAUAAGAAAAACUAUUAGAGAUGAACUACUUAUCAAAUUUGACCAACUUGGUUAUUCGAAGUAUGGGUCCAGAGUAUUUGGACAUGUUUUCAGUGAAAAAAGAAACCCUAGUGAAUCUUGGGAAAACAUUAAGAAUGAAGUGUUAUUCCGAAUCUUGAGUACAAGAUUAGCACAAUUUUACACUACAAAUGGUGAUUCUAAAACAAAGAAUACUUCUUUUGUAACUUUCUUUUUAAAUCUGGAACAUCAAAAUGCAAAAACAAGUGUUUUAGAGAAUUCAAUUGUAAUUAUUCAAAAGUUUGUUGAUGGAGAAUUAUUAGACAGAUCAUUUGUACAUCUUUUAAUUUGGAAUUAUAUUAAGUGUUGUUUAAUAUUUUACCAGUCAGAAGAUGAAAAUGGAAAUAACCAAGAAAGUAGCCAAAUUAACACAGGAAAGAUUCAAAUUAGUAACCAAUACCCGACCUUAAACAAAAUCUCCCAAGAAGGAAAGGCUUGUUUAACUGCUUUAUUGGACCAAAUUUUGGAAGGAUUUUAUAACCUUUUAAGUACUAAAGAAGGCGUGGAUUCUUUAAUAAUAUUAUUAGGAUUUGCAAAGGCUCAACAAAGGAAGAAGAUUCUUAAGAAUAUUAAAAAGGAUAUUUUAGAACUAGCUAUGAAUCCUGUAGACUAUGUACUGUUACUUAGAUUAAUUUCCACGACCGAUGAUACAAAAAUACUAAAUGAAAUUAUUUGGAAUUCCCUCAUUUUUGAAGGAGAAUUAAAUAAGCAAAUUUUAAUGAAUUCUUUUUCAAUUAAAUUAAUCACAUAUCUACUAGUUCCUCAAGUUAACCUUCGGAAUUUUACUCAAUAUGAAUACUGGGCAUUAAACUUGGAAUCUUUUACAUCUUUAAAAUCUACACAAACUAGAAUUCAAGAAAUGAACAAAAUAUGUUUACCUGCUUUGGAGAAUCUCUUAUUUUAUUCUAAAGAGCGAGAGUCUAUUUUAGAGAACCUUAUUUUAAGUGUUAGUGGUAAGGAGCUUAUUUUAGCCUUGAUACAAUAUUAUUUGGGCAAUAAAGAUAAAGAUAAUUUAAAUGAAAACUUAUCUGACAAAAAAUACUAUAACUAUGCACUUGAACUUGUAAAUCAUUCACUUUCUAAACUUAUUUCCGACAAUUACUACCUUUUAAAGGAUAAUAUUGGUCAUCGAACAUUUGUUUCUAUCUUAAAGUUAAUUAAUGAGCAACCAUCCAUUAUUUCAUCCGAAUUUGACACUUUCAGAAAUACUAUUAUUACAGUCUUUGAAAAGUCACUUAUGGAAAUGCUAUCUUCUAGAGCUGUUUUUAUAUUAGUUGAAAUGGUUGGACAAAACUUUGAACAAAAAGAUUUCAAAUCCUGUACAAUGUGGAGAGUAAGAAUAAAAGAACUUAUUAAAGAUGUAAUUGAGAACUGUAUUUCUAAUCUCAAGGAAUGCAAUAAUAAUACAAUAGGAAUUGAACUUGUUGCAAAAUACACAAAUCUUAGUGUUAAUAUACAAGACACGUCAUUUAUAGAAAGUGGAAAUAAUAACAAACAAAAUAAAAGACUGAAAAGCAGUCAUAAUUUGGAUAUUUUAGAAUCUUCUAGUAACUCUAAACACAUAAAAAAAACUCAUCUAUAA